GUUUUCACGUGUGAAAGAGGGUUUUUUUGCUGUGUUAUUGUAAACUUGUAUUAAAAAUUGUUGAAAAAAGUUAAUAAAAAACAUAAAUAUUUGUUGUUUUAUAAGCUAAAAGUUUAAAAAAUAUUUAUUCCUAUGCAUAGCAAACAUUUUCUACCGUCAGAAAUGAAUCUAAAUUUUGAUACUUUUAUAAAACAGGAAGUAUUUAAUACUGAUGAAGAGCUGCUCCAUAGUUCUUUAAAUCCAAAUCUUAAUAUACCAGUUAAAAAUGAACCAAUAACAGAUGAACCUUUACUACCUUUAACAGCCAUCAAAAAUGAACCUCUAACACAGGAAACAUUAAUAGAAGAAGAAGCUAUAACAAUUAAAACAGAAAAUCCUAUACAAAAUCAUACAACUAUACCAGGAGAUAGUUUUAUAAUCUAUGAAUUGGAAACACCGGCAGCGAACACAACUCUUCCCUUAUUACCUACACAUAGUUUACAAAAUGAGCAACAGUUAUAUCAAUCAAUUCCGGUUCAAAUAAAUCCUCAAAUAUCCGCUUUAACUUUAACACAAACGAAACAACAAGUGGCAGUUAAUACAACGACAAUUAAUCCAAUUUUAACUUUAAACUCCUGUACAUCAUUUCAAAAGCCUGAAACGAAUAAAACAACUCCAGCUAAAGCAUCUGCGGUAACAGCAUCAACAUCAGCACCUCCAGUUUUAUUAAAUGCUCAAUUAAGAAAACGCCAUAAAGUGGUUUUACCUGUCAAUCCAAUAGACAAAAGAACACGUUAUAAUAUAGAAGGAUCGAAAACAAAACAAUUAAACAAAACUCCAACAUCGGAUGCUACGAAAUCCACAAAAAUAUUAAAUAAUUGUCGUUCUUUAAAUGCGGGUAAUAAAAAAAUUAUUAAUCAUUUAAUUAAACAUAAACAAUUGAAUCAAAAUAAGGAAAAGGAAACAUCCUCAACAAUUCCCGUUAAUAUUUCAAAACAACAAGAGACAAUACCCAUUAUACAACAAAUAUCAAGUACCCCUACACCCCUACCCCCUCUAGAGCAAAUCACCAAAACUGCAAACAUACAAACUGAAAUUAAACAAGAAGUUUUAACUUCUUCUCCUCCUCAUUUAAUAAAUCCGGCAAAAGUUGAAAAUUCUUUAACUUUAAGAAAGGAAACAAAAGAUGCUCCUUUACUGCCCGAGUUAAGAGUUAAAUGUUUAUGCAGUCUAACAGCGGCGAGUAGAGAUAACUCAAACAAUAAUUUAGAAUUAAAAGACUUCUUUCAAAAAAUGUUUGAAGAAACUAGAAAACUUAAUAAAACACAACAGCGCAAAGUUAAAAUGUUACUUUUGCAAGCCAUUUCAGAAUCUGAAGAGUUAAUGGAACAGGGAAAAUGUUGUGGUUUUUAAUUGAUUUUAGAUAUUUUAAUUUAAUAAUCGUUUAAAAAAUUAUAUCAGCGAUACUUAAUUGGCCAAUAUUUAGAAUAUAAAUUUUUUAAAUUAUGUACUUAUGUAAUAAGUUAAACUAAUUUAUAAGUAUUUUAUUAUGUAUGUAGGUAUUUUUAUGCAAUAAAUAAAAUUUGUUUUAAAUAAAAAAAUA